AUGUCAUCAUCUUAUGCAUCCGCAGGUGACAUCCUGAUGGGCGUCAGUGCCGGAUCAGUCCUAGUCUACACCGUCUUGGUGUUGAUGUAUGCCGAACCUGGAAGCAAGAUAUUUGACGAACAAUGGGUUCAAGAUGGAUUCUGUGUCAUCAACAAGGAUGUGCCCUACUUGUCAUCUCAUGAUUUGUGCUUUUAUGCCGAUGUAAUCCUUGUCCUUCUCGGAUUCAAAGUCUACCAAAAAUUGAAAGAUUCAUGUUCCGAGAUGAGGCUGAUGGACGACCUGAUGAAAUUCAACUUGCUUGGCCAUCUGGGCCAUGGAAUUGCGCACGAAGGCAUUGCAUGGAUGCUAUAUCGGAGUGGAGAUGUGGACGACACUGAUGCCACAAGCUCGAAUAGGUUGGAGAAGCUUACUAACAUGGACACAAUCCAGCGACUUCCACUGUUGGUCAUUCUCUUUCUAUUUUGGUGUGGUCUGCUGAAGGGGGCAAUGCCUAAGUCAUCAAAUGGAACGAUCGCUCUGUUCUCGUUACCAGCUGUAUUGGGGCAACUCGUUGUCAAAGAGGUAUUCAGCUUUGGCUACGUCCAAGCAGUUCUGUCGGUAGCAUUUACCUAUACCCAAUUGAACUUGACAUCUGAUCUGAAGAACUAUGGAUACCUUGCCAACUCCAUUGCCUUUACGGUGGUGUCAUUGGUCCCAUGGAUAGAAUCUACUGCUUGCCAGUCUUUUGUAUCCAAGCUCGGUGGUCAUUUGAUCUAUGAUGUUUCGAUACCUGUAAGCCUCGGGGCCUCUUAUGUAGCUUCCUGGUACCACUUUAACAAGGAAGGAAAUGCUACCAAGAAGACGCUUUAA